UAAGACAGCUUUCGAACAUCCGAACAAAGUCAACAAACACACGCAGUUGAGACGAAGUUCCUGAAACGCACAGAAAAGAAGGAAACUCUUCCAGACGUCCAUGCAACUUAAAGAGACAAUGGCGCAGAGAGAGAAGGUUCACAGCUUGCGAUUCAACCAAGACCAAGGGUGCUUCAUAUGCUGUAUGGAUAAUGGUGUGCGUAUAUACAAUGUGGAGCCCCUUGCAGAAAAAUUACAUUUGAAAGAAACCUUAGCCGGAAGUGUUGCACAUGGAGAAAUGUUGCACAGGACAAAUUUAUUGGCAAUAGUAGGAGGAGGAGCAGUUCCUAAGUAUGCUGACAACACAGUCCUAAUUUAUGAUGACAGAACAUCAAGAUUCGUCCUUGAGUUUACCUUCUCUGCUCCAGUUCUGUCAGUUAGACUGCGUAAAGAUAGGCUAGUUGUUGUAUGCUGCCGUCAGAUUCAUGUCUUUUCAUUCCCUCAUUCCCCACGGAGACUUUUCACCUGCGAGACUCGUGACAAUCCCCUAGGUCUUUGUGAAGUGUCUCCUCUACCCUCUGCAGACAGACAUAUUCUCUGUUUCCCAGCACAUAAAGUUGGUGCUGUCCAGUUAGUGGACCUUCUUACAACAGAGUCAACCGUGUCCCAAGCACCUCUCACAGUACAGGCCCACAAGAGUGAGUUAGCAUGCCUCAGUGUGAACAGAGAAGGGACCCUGCUUGCUACAGCGUCACACAAGGGCACGCUUAUUAGGGUGUGGGACACUGCCAGGCGUGUUUUGCUGGCAGAAUUACGGAGGGGUUCAGAUCCUGCAACAUUAUAUUGCAUUAACUUUAGUGGUGAUAGUGAGUUUUUGUGCUGCUCCAGUGACAAGGGAACAAUCCACAUAUUUGCACUCAAGGACACAAAACUGAACCGCCGUUCAACAUUUUCACGAAUGGGGUUCCUCGGCGGGUAUAUGGAAUCCCAGUGGGCACUUGCAAAUUUCACCGUCCCUCCUGAGUGUGCCUGUGUCUGUGCCUUUGGGACCAGCUCCACUGUUUAUGCAAUAUGUGUAGAUGGAACAUUUCACAAGUAUGUGUUCAAGGCAGAUGGAUGCUGUAACCGAGAGUCAUUUGAUGUCUACUUAGACCUUGUUGCAGAUGAUGAGUUUUAAAAAGUAGGCAGAACAGGGCUUCUGUAUCACGUUAUCAGUGGUGUUGCUGAAAUCACUUGCUGAGUUUCCCCGUUAUGCUUUUCCUGAUCUUUGGUUAAUUAAAGAGGAUUACAUUCUUUUGUAGGGGGCCUAAAAAUUAUAUAUAUAUAUAUAUAUAUAUAUAUAUAUAUAUAUAUAUAUAUAUAUAUAUAUAUAUACACUAUAUCUAUAUACACAUACAUAAUACAUAUGUAGAAAGUCUGUUUGGAUGUGCUGUGAGAUAAGAUUGAGUGUUUUUUUUUUUUGUUUAUAUGAUCACAAAAAUUAAGAUAUGAUUAUUACUGAUAUUAGAUAUAUUUGAUGUUUUUUAGGCAUUAAUUUGCUUUCACAUUGUUUUCUUCUUUCUUUUUUUUUGCUUUCUUUUUCUUGAUUUUUUCUUCUCCAUUUGAAAAGUAUUCCAAAAAGAGCAAUCUCCUAUAUGUAACAUACAGAUAUACUGUUUGUGCAUGUGCACUUAUAAACAUGUAUAUACGUAUAUACAUAUGUAUAAGUGCAUUAUACAUUAUGUACACACACACACACACACACACACACACACACACACACACACACACACACACACACACACACACACACACACACACACACACACACACACACACACACACACACACACACACACAUAUACAUAUAUAUUCAUAUACAUACAUGCAUACAUACAUAAAAAAAAACAAAAAAACUUCAACAGUCAAGGUAGAUGCAAGAAAAAUCUUUCAUAUAAGCACAUUGAAGAUAAAACUUUUCUUGUUUCUUACUUACCAUGUCUUCUACCUUUUCCUUUUAAGAAUCUAGUCGUACUUUUUAGUCUAUCUAACUUGAGAAUUAUUUUCUUGUUUGUACGUUUAUUAUUUGAUAGAUAUAAAGAGGAUUUUUUUUUAUUACUAUUAUGUCAGUGAGUCUUCUUAAAGUAGUUUGUAGAUCUUGUUUUCUCACUUUACAACUGCAUUUGGUGCUCGUUAAAUUCUGGAGAAUACACACACACACAGUAUGUGAAUGUGAAUGUGUGUGUGUGUGUGUGUGUGUGUGUGUGUGUGUGUGUGUGUGUGUGUGUGUGUGUGUGUGUGUGUGUGUGUGUGUGUGUGUGUGUGUGUGUGUGUACGCACACACGCACGCACGCACGCACGCGCUGAGUGCAUGAACCAAGAUGUAGUACAUUGAUAUUAUGCUAAUAUGUUCUAAGAUGUAAUUGUUGCUUCUAAUUGAAAUUAUAAUUAUAUUACUAUUUCCAGUGUUUUUAUAGAGUGAAGAGAAAAUUAUUUAUAGAAAAUGAGAAAAGAAGAAAUACAUCUGCAAAUCAUAAGAGCCAUGUGAUUACAUGUUUAUAUGAUGUAGUUGAUAAAGGACUAUUUCAUUACCAUAAUAAAUAUAGAUUGUGAUUUAUUUUUUGUAUUGUAUGAUUACAGGGAAUAAAGUCUUACAUAAUUGA